AUGCUGACGAAUUCCACCAAAGCGCUGGAUACUGCGGAACGGGCGACGAGUACUGCAACAGAUAUCCGGCGUGUAGUCGGAUAUUAUGAAGGAUGGGCUCCAAAGCGCCCCUGCAAGGCCUUUUGGCCUGAACAGAUUCCCUCGUCAGUCUACACUCACCUCAACUAUGCAUUCGCUACCAUUGACCCAAAGACCUUCGCCGUAAUGGCAAACAACGAGAGAGAGGCAAAUAUUAUGAAACGUCUAGUGGCUUUGAAGAGGAAAGAUUAUCAACUGAAGGUCAAUAUCGCCAUCGGCGGCUGGGCUUUCAAUGAUCCUGGCUCUACAGCAACUGUUUUCUCAGACCUCGCUGCUUCAAAAGACAAUCAGAACAAGUUCUUCGCCUCUCUACUCCACUUCAUGUCACUGUACGGCUUCAAUGGUGUCGAUAUUGAUUGGGAAUAUCCCGUUGAUAGUGACCGCGGCGGUCGCGUUGCAGACUUGAAGAAUUUCCCCUCCUUCAUGGCAAAUCUGAAAGAGGCACUGAACCAGGGCGGGGUGACUCGUGAGCUCAGUCUUACUUUGCCGACGUCCUAUUGGUACCUGCAACACUUCGACAUCAAGGGCCUUGAGAAAUCUGUCGAUUAUUUCAAUUAUAUGUCGUAUGAUCUGCAUGGAACAUGGGACGGAAAGAACCAGUGGUCUGGUGCAUACCUCGAUAGUCACACGAACUUGACCGAGAUCGAAGUCGCCAUGGAUCUGCUCUGGAGAAACAACAUCAGUCCUAGCAAAGUUGUCAUGGGUUUGGCAUUUUACGCUCGAGCCUUUACCGUCGCAGACACAAGCUGCACAACCCCAGGCUGUCUAUUUGCAUCUGGCUCAGAUGAAGGCCCCUGCAGUGGUCAGACUGGUAUUCUCCUGAAUAGCGAGAUUGACGACAUCCGUACGACGUACAACGUGGAGCCCACGCUCGAUAAAGAUGCAGCCGUCCAAAUUCUCACCUGGGAGGACCAGUGGCUUACAUAUGAUGAUACAAGCACUUUCAAGCUGAAGGCUGAUUACGUGAAGGACCGUUGCCUUGGUGGUGUCAUGGUCUGGGCUGUCAGCCAGGAUACCUCGAACGGAACCUACACUGAGGCACUGAAAGAACAGACACCGUAUAGGAUUGGUCCAUCGAUCCUUUCCGUAAUUGAAGACCCCAACGGUCUCACGUUGACGAAACAGGAUCGAAAGAGACAAUGCACAUGGGUCGGAUGUGGUGAAGUCUGCAAGUCGCCCUAUGUGACAGUUUUCCGUGGUGUCGGUCCCGGAGCUGGGGAUGGACAUUCCCUGAUGUUGGACAGUGUGACUUGUCCAACAGGCCAGACACAUACGCUCUGCUGCCCUCAAGACCACGGCGUCAAAUGUGGAUGGUACUCCCACAACAAUGGCAAGUGUGAAAGUACCUGUCCUUCUGGAACCUUCGAGAUCGGAUCUGUCGCUAAGCCCGAUCUUUGCUAUAACGAUGAUUACCAAGCUUCUUGCUGUACUUCUGGCAAAGAUGCGACACUGCUCUAUGACACCACAACGUGGUCUUCUUUCCCAGGUUGUGACAAUGGAGAGUGCCCUGUUUUACAGGAAAUCGUAUGGCAGGAACGAAAGCUCUGCUACGAUGACACUCAGAGUGGGAAGCAGUGGCAAAACUGCAAAUGGCACAAGGAUAUUGGUUCCAUACCCGAUGGUGUCAGUGGUCCUUGGUGCAGGUCCGCUUGUCCUGCAGGAACAGUGCGAGUCGCAAUGGGAAUAGCACAACCGGAUGAUGAGUGCGACGCUGAAAGCUUCAAGGCCUUUUGCUGCGACGACCAAUACACCGUCGAGAAGACGUACACGAAUCCGCUACCCCGUCUAUUCAAGGACGCAUUGGACUCCUAUCUGGUGGAUGGCUCUUGUGAUUCUGGGGCUUCCCUUACCACUCGAGAUGUUCUUGUAACUGACUGGGAUCUGUUUGGUCCGGACAGCAAAGGUCUGAUCGCACGUUCCAAGUCUGACGCACAAAGUGCCCUAUUCUACCUCAAGCCUAUUCUUGCCAUUAUCUUCUUCGUGGAGGCGACGGACUACAAUCCGGUUCAAGCGGCCAAUGCCGCAGCCUGGAACACUUGGGUGACUGCUCAUGAGUGGAAGAACCUUGUCAUGGACAAACUGGGACCAUUUGUCCGAUCUUUGAGUGAGACAUUUGAGAUGGGAACCGAGUUUAUGGUAGACAACAAGGAGGAUAGCAUCUGCUCUGGAGAUAUCUGCGAUACCGAUGCUGACCCUGAGCUCUGCUACGAUCUUGAUGACGACUCGGACUGGCUACUACAGCGCCGUUUUGACAUCACGGGUUUUGCCAUCAGUGAUUUCAGCCACGAAGAACAGGCCCUGCUUGAUAAAAAGCCCCACAAGUUCAGAAUCUGGUCGGCGGCCGACGAGCAAUGGGUAGACAACCUGGCAUAUUAUCAUCUUGGCUAUACAAAGGCUGGUGAGUGGAGCGUAACUUCCAAUGUCUACAAGCCUACGCGCAGCUACGAAAGCCGGACUGAUUGCGGAAAUCCAUUUGUUUUCCCUACAAUCAAAAGUGGACACACAUUUGCUACGGAGCACAUUCUGGAGAUCCAGUGCCUUGGGCUGUUUUUCGAAGCAGCAACAAAGGGUACCCUAGGCUCAAAGAAAGAUCCCAGUUUUGAACCCGUCCCUGCCGACUUCUUUGUUGCCGUGGCAGGUGUAGGCUUCAAUGCGGAGAUUAUGGCUAAGGGGAAGGCUUGUUACACUGGGGAUCCAGGAGAAAACGUGAGCCAAAGACCAUCGAUCCGAAUGAUGGGAGCUCUUGGAAGCAAGACCAACAGCGCCAACUUCUACCUCUUGGAGGCUGUGGUUAAUGGCAUGAAAGCUCGUGUAAGUGCUGACGGUGCUGGAUUCCAAGUGGCUGUGCUAACUUUCCCCCCUUUUUCUUCCCAACAGAUAUUCGGAAACAAGGCCCUGAUUGAGAAAUCGAAGUGGACUGCACUCACAAAAGAUGUGACUCAGCCUGGCCGACCGCUUAAAGCGAUCAAAGCUGCAAUUGCUGUUUGGCAUUAUCUCGCUGACGCCGACGUUAAUAAGUCCUUCGGCACGAUUGAGGCUAAUUUAUACGCGGUCUUUGAAGAAAUUGAUAAGCAACAUUUCCGAGCCGAUGUUCUUAUUCCUGCUUGGAAAGAAUGGUGGUGCGACUGGACCGAAUACCAGUUCGAGCGAUCACGGACCUGGAUCUUUGAUAGCAUCACGCAACUAAGGGCUGUUUGGGCUGAUGAGCCUGACACUGAUCCUGCACGAAUCAUGAUCCUCAACACUUAA